GCCAUCCGGAACGUCGCGGUAUCCGGAUACAUCAGCCGUUUCAAUUGCCACAUCUCCAUAUGGGCGGGCGGUUGAGUUUCCUGCGCCGAAAGCGCGCGAAGCAGGCGGUGGUGGAGCAGCCGGUGGAAGCACCGGUCGUCGUGGAAGAGCCACCACCUCCACCACCACCCGAGGUGUUCGACAGCGCGACGUUCUGGGACGCCUUGAAGGGCAUCCUCCGCUUUCGCCGAGGCGAUUACUCAACCCCCCUUGACAAGGCAACCCUUCGUGUCGUCGAUGCAACAAAGGUCAGUGGCGACGAGACUGAGGAAGUGAAACGUGUGAGCAAAGCGCUUGGGGAUCGCUUCAUUGCGAGCGACGACGCAGUACUUGCCCUAAAAGGACAUGAUGUUGCGAUGGAACACUUUUCGUAUGCGUUGUCGUUGCUCGCACUCGGCAACACCACAGCCGCUUGCAAUGAGUUCGCAAAUGCCAUCACCAAGGACCCGUCGUUUGGACGAGCGUACACACACCUGGCCCACACUCUCGUUCUCGACACCCAAGACGACACAGCAACACUCGAGCGCGUCGUGGGGUGCCUGGAAAGCGCUUUGAAAUACGACGACACGGAAGUUCGGGAAAACAUGGUACCGUGCAUGCGCCUGGUCUUGAUUGCCCCAAAAGCUGAAUGCUCUUCUUGGCUUGCGAAGAUCCUCUUAGCUGAAGUGUACUCGCUGCUGGGCAACCAUGCUGCCGCAUUGGACGUGUACGGUCGCUUGGUACGCCUUCUCCAUCCGCGCCGCCAGCUCUUCUCGAAGAACACCUUACGCUUUGAUGCAGGCCAACGUGGAGCACGAAUGGGAAAAUGUGUUUCACAUGGCCCGCUGCGAAUGGGCACUGGGACGGUAUGACAAGAGUGCCGCGCUGUUGAGCACAUUGCACCUGGACGACCGCGAUGCCACGGACCCUUCCAUGGCCAACAAGCGCCUCGUGGUCGCAGACGCCCACGCGCUUCUCCGGCAGCAGCAUCCUGCUGUCGUCGCCGCGAGUUGACGCGCGUGGAAUCUCUAGAUUGUUCGAGGGACCGGUAUUUAAAAUGUGCAGCUUCCCAUUCCGAUGCAAAAUAAUACUGUAACGUUCACAUAUCCUGGCG